AUGGGGAAAUCGCUUCGCGAUUUGGGUUAUUGGUUUAACCAAAACGAUGAACUCCGGGACGAGGACGGCAUGAGUUUCAAAUUCACCACACAAGCCGAAUAUGAAGAAUUGGGUGAUGCUAUCACCGAAUAUAUCUACGACCGGAUGCAAAAGGAAUAUAAGCUUCAACGAAAGCCAGUUAGACCAGUCAUUGAUACAAAUAAUCAUCGACGAUAUGAUAACUUCCCUGAUGAACACUUUGGUUUUGUAUUUGUGAGUCCUGAUUGGUCAAAGAAAGAAACGAUUCUUGUUCUUAUUCAUGGAAUGGGAGCUGUUAGAGCUGGGCAAUGGGGCAGAAAAUUGAUCAUAAAUGAGUGUCUUGAUGAGGGUUCACAGCUUCCAUACAUACGAAAUGCACUGCAACGAGAUUGGGGAGUUGUUGUCUUGAACACCAACCAUAAUUCACGGAUUGAUGAAAAUGAGAGAAAACUCAGUUCAACUUCUGAAAAACAUGCCGAAAACGCCUGGCACUUGUGUGUCGAUGAAACAGAGGCUAAGACCAUUCAUGUUGUUGCUCAUUCAGCUGGCGGUAGUGGUAUAUCGGGAAUUAUGAAAAAAUAUGAAGAUACAAGGGUCAAGUCGAUCAUUUUGACCGAUUCAUGGUUUACCGGGCCGACCGUCCAAGCUUUCGUCAUUAAUUUCACUGCCUCCAAGCCGAUGAAUGCAUUCAAACAGAAAAGAAAAGACUUUUGGGAAAUUUAUGCCGGUACAAAUGAGCACGACCGAACGUCGGCGGCUUGUAUUGAUGCCGCUUUUUGCGCGAUGGAUAACUGGGACGCAAACAGAACGGCUACCUUUUUGGUAAGGAUUGCAACGCUUGUGAGAGGAGGUUGUCAAGCAGCAGGAUGGGCAUCAGAAGAGUUAAAUGAUGCAAACGGCGAAAACGAUGAAAACAAUAAAAACAAUAAUGAAAACAAUGAACAGGGUCCAAGCACGGCAGGUGGACAUACAACUCCCGCUGAGCGACUUGCUCGUUCUUUUAAAUCCUCG